AUGGCGAACAUGUUUGGGGCUUUGAACAGAUUUAUCUCGCGCCUGGACGCUGAUCCACAAGCUCAGAAGCAGAGCGGAGGGUAUGACACGUACGGAUUCCAGGUGCUUCGCAACACUAACCCCGAAUUACCCCUGGAGCCAUGGUUCGACUCGAUCAUUGGCAUCAAUGGUCGCACCAUUGUACGCGCAAAUACCUCUCUGAUCAGCAUGAUCCGACCGCUAAGAUAUAGCAGNGACAACCCCGAACCCAGCCUCUUCGUUCAGGAGCUGCGCAACUGCGCCGGCACCAACAUCAGCCUGGGAGUGUACAGUGCCAAAGGACAGCAGAUUCGCGAAGUCUUCAUCUCGAUCCCGCCGGACAACUCGCCGCUAGGUCUCGCCUUGCAGUGGUCGCCGCUCACGACAACCGAAGCCGUCUGGCACAUUCUCGACGUCAUCCCCAACUCGCCCGCCGACGCCGCUGGCCUGCUGCCAUACAGCGACUAUGUGAUUGGAAGCCCGGAAGGCUUGAUGAGAGGAGAUAGUGGGCUUAGUGAGCUCAUUGAAGACUUCCUCAAUCGCCCACUCCGCCUGUACGUCUACAACAACGAGUAUGAUGUGACUCGUAUGAUAACCAUCACACCCACAAGAGGAUGGGGCGGCGACGGUGCGUUGGGCUGCGUCUUGGGCUUCGGAGCCCUUCACCGCGUGCCUGCUCCUUUGAACGAACCCGCACAAGCACCUGGGGAAACACUCUUCGAAACGGCCCGCUUUAGCAAUGAAGAGCCUCGGUCGACUCCCACUCCAGCUGGCGACUUCCUUGUACCUGCCAACUUGAACCUCAGCGCCACAACACCACCUGCAAGCAUCAGCAUGGGCGGAGAAAAGAGAGGUGCCAGGAAGCAAAGAGUACAUCAUGCCAUAUCACCCACAGGUGGCCUUGACGACUAUUUCGCCGAGGGAGAGCAGAAGAGUCGUGAGAUGGAUAACGCUCCUACACCAAAACCAACUGCAGGUCUGCCACCUCCACCAAAGGCAGGUGGCCCACCAAGAGCUACCAAAUCGCCCGCUGUUGAUGCAGCAUCGGAAGAGCUCGAAGCAGAAGUGGGAGAUGCAUGA